CGUAAACAUGCGCGUGUCCUUUAAUAUCGGGCGUGACUUCCUGGUUGGUCUCAUGCAGCCUCCGAGCAGCUCGACGCGGAAGACAAACACGAAGCUCUGAAUUCCUCACAAAACUUACCCGACCCGAAGCAAGACUACAAGGAUUUCUGGUGAGACCUGAAAUCAUUUGACUGAUCAGGUCAAUAUAUAUAUAUAUAACCAUGUGGCCAAAUCAAGGUCCUCCCCCACCAAUGGGUCCACCAAACCCUGCCUACCCUCCUGGUUACAAUCCUGCAUAUCCUUCUGCGCCUCCACAAGGAGUCUUCCCUCAGCCUCCGCAACCAGGAUACCCAGCUGGCCAAUUCCCAGCUGGUAUGAACCCGGCCAUGGGACCACAUGCACCUCCAGGAGCAAUGCCCUAUGGAGCUCCUGGACUUCAUCCAUAUCCUGUGGCUCCAGGCGGCUGUCCAGUGGUCCCUCCUGGAGGGGUCUACCCAGGUCCAUAUCCACACUCCCCAAAAGGGGGUAAACACAAAGGGCACCACAAAGGUCAUCAUGGAGGGUUUAAUCCCAUGGCUGGAGCUUUAGCUGGCGGAGUAGCAGGGAUGGGAAUGGGGAUGCUUGGACACAAAAGCCACAAAAAGCUGAAGAAGAAGAUGAAGAAAGCUCAUAAGCAUGGGCACCACAAACAUGGCAAGUCCUCCAGCAGCAGCAGCAGUAGCAGCAGCAGUGACUCAGACUGAGGCCACGAGUUCAACAUACACAGACUCGCAACCUAACCAUUACCUACUAACACACAAGACUAAUAGGAUUUCUUCUGAAUUACAGUAUUUUAUCAUAUCUUGCAUGGCCUUUUCAUGACACUAUGUAUGCACACUGUUGCUAUAAACAUCACCAGAGCAUUCAUCUGUAUUUUAAGCAUACUUAAAUUCAUGCAUAUUUUGGGAGUUUGGGGGAUGGUGGUUAUGUCAGAUAUUCUGCAGUUAGGAAUUCUCUGUUAUUAUUGUUAUUACAGUAUUUUUUAUGAUUUAUAAUAAAUAUAUACACGUUAAAGAGAAAUUUCAGCCCAACUUGGAUGUACAACUACUUUGUUUUUUGAACUAAAAAAAAUAACAAACUGUAUAUAAAUGUUUUUCACUGUAUGGAAGAUUAACCUAGAAGUGAGAAUGAAAGCAGGAAAAAGAGUGUUCAUACUUUGCCUGUAGAUUAUUUUUCAUCCAACUUGUUCACUACUGUACAUCACUGCAGAAAAAAACACUAUUCUGCAAUGCUUUAUAUCUGCAUUAAAUGUAUUGUAUGUAAAGUUAUAUGUUCAAUUAAUAAUUCUCAUAAAUGGUUCUAAACGAAAA